AGAGAAGGGCAGAGAGAGAGUGAGAGAGAGAGGCUUUGCCUUUUCUGGUAGUUGAGACUUGGGGAACUCCAGGCAGGAAUUCUCGGCGAGAUAUAAACCAGAGUGGAUUUUGGUGGUCUAUAUUUGCCGGAGGACUGUGCAUGGACUUAAGUAAUUCUUAAGUAAGGUCACAGGAAGCUGCGAGUGAGGCACCAUGGAAGAGGACCUUGACCUGGAGCGCCGGCGGGAGGAGAGGAGGCAGAGGCGUGAGGAGAUGCGCCUGGAGGCAGAGAAGUAUAGCCAGGCCAUUGAGGAGGAUAGGGAGGCAAGGGAGCGCAGAAGGCAGGCCCGACAGGAGAGACUCCAAGAAUCCAGCGCCCUUGACUCAUCGAUCAUGGCCAUUCCGGAAGGGGGCAGCGAGGACGACCAGGCUCUGCUAGAGCGCAUCAAGAAGCGUGAGGAGAGGCGGCUGCAGCGCAUGCAGGAGGCCAUGCAGAGACAGAAAUCACAGGACAUCCACGAGGAGAACACAGCCAACCACGUGGACCACCGGCCAGCCACUGAGGAGAAGCCCAUCCAGAAAGAGGUGGCGACCCACGAGGCCCAGAAGGAGAGGGUGGAGGUGGAGGAGAAGAAAGAGGAAAAGAGCACAGUUGUAGAAGAGACAAAAACCACAGAAGAAAAGAAAGAGGAUGAGAACACACCGGCACCUGCAGAAGAAACAGUGGCGGAGACACCAGCACCAGAGAGUUCAACAGCACAGGUGACCGAACAGGAAACUGUGGAGCAGAAAACUGAGGAGGUGGACAGUGCAACAUUAGACUCCAUAUCAAAGCCAGUGGAGGAGCCUGUAACAUCAACAGUAGCAGACAUAGUGGAGGACACACCAACGCCUGAGGUCAAAGAGCAACCAGAAGAAGUGAAGAAGGAAGAUGCUAAACCUGUUGUGGAGACUGUAGAAGAGGCACCACCACCAGCUCCAGUGACUGUACAGGAACCAGAACCACCCAAGGCGAAGGUUGAAGAAAAAAACAAAACUGUCCAUAAGGAACCAGAGAUAAAAGUUGAAAAGGUGGAAGAAAAACCUGCCAAGAAAGAACCUGAAAAUAAGAUUGAGGAGAAACCGCAGCCAGUCAAGAAAGAACCUGAGAAGAAGAUUGAGGAGAAACCUCAGCCAGUCAAGAAAGAACCUGAGAAGAAGAUUGAGGAGAAACCUCAGCCAGUCAAGAAAGAGCCUGAGAAGAAGAUUGAGGAGAAAAUGGAGGAGAAAAAAUCCAAGUGGAAGAGGGAGGAAGAGAAGAAACCUGAGAAGACUGAGGCACCGGUGCCCAAAUGGAAAAGAGAGGCUGAAGAGAAACAAAAGGCCAAAAAAGAGGCUGAGGAGCAGAAACAAGCAGCUCAGAAGAAGGUGGAGGAGAAGCCAGAAGCUCAGAAGAAGGUGGAGGAGAAACCAACAGCCCUGAAAAAGUUUGAGGAGAAAAUGGCGCCAAAGAAAGAGGCUGAGGAGAAACCAAAAUGGAAGAAGGAGAUGGAGGACAAGGCAUCUAAAUUUAAGAAAGAUGAGAAUAUCAAACAGCACAAUGGAAGUCCUUUUGGUGCAAAGCUGAAGAAGGCUGCAGAGAAAACUCCAAGCAGUGGAGCUGGGGCCAAGGAGCCAUUAGAUGACCAGAAGAUGAAGGCCAAGCAGCAGGAGACGGAGGCGGAGCUGGAGGCCCUGAAGAGGAAGAGGGAGGAGAAGAAGAGGCUUCAGGAGGAGGAGGAGAGGCAGAAGAAGCAGGAGCUGGCCGACAAGAAGGCCAAGGAGGAGGAGGAGAAGAAGAGGCUGAAGGAGGAGAUCGAGAAGAGGAGAGCCGAAGCAGCCGAGAAACGUCAGAAAGGAGAGGGCACAGAAGGGGAGGCCAAGGCGGCCUUUAGUGUCGCUGCCAAAGGCUCUUCCUCAAAGAUUGGAGAGAAAGCUGGUUUUCUGAACAAGCAGGCACAGAAGAGUAGCUCAGUGAGGCCGACCCAUAACAUCUCCCCUGUGGUGAUGAUGAACAAGCUGGGCAACCGAAUGGAGCAGUUUACAUCUGCAGCUCAGGGCAGCAAAGAUCCCAAAUCUCCCAAGUCGCCGCUGGCAGACGGAGCAGCAGGGGAGGCUGGCGUGAGGAAUAUGAAGAGCAUUUGGGAGAAGGGCAACGUGCAGAGCCCCACAACGACCCCCGCGGCAGCAGCACCCCAGAAAACUGAGAGCAAGGACUCACCGACAACAAAUGCAGCAGGUCCAGCUGGCCGCACCAACCCCUGGAAGAAGCAGACCCCACAACCAGCCGCCGAAAAGACAGCUCCACAACCAGCCGCCGAAAAGACAGCUGCAGCAAAGCCUGCUGAUACGAAACCGGCUGACGUCACCAAACCACGCAGUCCUUGGGGAAACAAGGUCUCCACCCCAGGCAGAGUGACCCUGUCAGGAAAGAAAUAAGUCAGGAGUUGUCAGUGAAGACAAGCCAUACUUUGGGGCAUAUGAUCAACUGCAACAUCACCACAGUGGCCCCAAGAUGUCAGAAGGGAAGUCAACAGUAAAGGUUCCUUGUGGCGACUAUCCACACUUUAAAAAUGUGUAUACAGUAAAUCUUGAAAUGAGACGGUCAACAACUUCCACAAUGGGAAACCUACUCGAUUACAAAGGAAGGAAAACCUUUUAGUUUACAAGCCAACAUUAUGAUACGGACCUAUGUUUCCUAUGUUGCCCAUAGGAAAAAAAAAUGUUUUCUUUACUUUUCAUUCAGUCAAAGAAUGAUUACGGUUUAGUUUCCAUCCACUGAAGAAUGAUGAAUUGUUUUCGCUGAUCGUGCUUGCUGACUCGUACAGCAUAGCUUGCUGCUUCCUGAUCACGAAGCUGGUGCCAAAGGAUGCUGGGUUGGCACUCUCCCCACUCAACCUGGCACUGAGUUACAAUCAGCAGCAUCUGUCUUUACAUUACUGGCCAAAGCAGCUUAUGGAUUUGCUUAUCAUAAUAAUACGUCUUAAUUCAGUCAUUCCCUACGUUUUCAUAGUCAUUGCAACACUGUAAUUGGCAGCUUUGAAUCGUGCCGUGCUUUGAAUGACAAAAGUAGGUGUGUAUUUCGUCAUUUGUCAGGGCUCUCAACAACAUUGUAUCGCUGCAUAAAAUAGCCACUGGCUACAGUGAUAAUAAAAGCUGCACUCACAACGCACCAUAACUGUAUGUCACACUCACACGCAGAUCUGUAUGUGAUAUAGAGGCUUACAGCAGUUUAAUAUAUUAACAGAAUAAACACUUCUGAAUCUUAUUAUCAAACAAAUCAAUUAUGAAGCUGUGCAGUGGUAUCAGGCUUGAGGCUUUUGUGUCCUAACAAUCGUGAUCGUGAGCACAGAGAGCACUGAUGAUGGCAGCAACUUGAAACGUCUGUCCUACUCUGCUAUGAGAAAAAUAAAAAAAAACUCCUUGUGCUUGACCUUAGUGUCUUAUUUAGUGUGCGAACCUGCUCCUACUCUGAACUAUACUUUUUGGGUCCACUCACCUACUCAUUUUUCUAAACAUCUAGGGCGCAAACAAUACUGUUGCCUCCUGUCCUAACAAUCAAAAUCAUUGAAAGUAGCAUCCCCCAACUCCUAUGUGCCAAUGGGCCUUGAAUGAGUGUGUGUAUUGCAUUACAUUAUGGCAGUGUACCAGGGAUGUCAGUGUGAGUGCUGGUUGUCAAUCAUACGCAGGUGUAGACCUAGACAGACAGCUGCUGAGCUCAUGUAACAGGACCACAAUAGAGCAUCAUAUCUGUGUAUGAAAACAUUCAGAUUACUCUUACCCACAAAACAACACACAUAUCAUAUCUCUCUCUCUCUCUCUCUCUCUUACACACACUAUUCCUGCGUUAUUGAUAGGGGGAAGAGGGCUUUUAUGGAUGCUUGGAUGCUCUAUCCGAGGAAAGGCAUUUUGAGGAAGGGUGUCAGUUUUAUCACCAUGUGUGUGAUGGCUAACUGGGAAACAUCAAGCUCAUCUUACUCUCUUCUUCACUUCUAAAAACGGCAGAAGGCCUUAAAGUUUAUGCUUCUACUACACUACACAUCUUUUUGAUUUAAUAUUGGCCAAGGCACGGACGGAUGGGAAAUGAAUCAGGUCUGACGAAAUGUUGUGUUGGUUACAGACAAUCUGAACAUGAACGUUUAAACUGUACAAACAUGUUGUUUAACAUUCCUUUGAUCUCAUUGUAGAACAUUCAGUAUUUGAGUUGAUUGUAAUGUUUCUCUUGCUUUUGCGCAUCUCACAGAAAAAUAACUCGAUAUUGGCUUUUGCUACUUGUUGAUAUUGAAAUGAUUUUUGUUAUCAAUUAAGCAAGACAAAUAAAUGCAU